UGACAGGUAAAGUUUAUGUACACGCCUACAUGCUUCCUGGUUUAUUUUAGAACUGAACUUUGAACUCCCAUGAACUUCCUAUCCUGACGACGACUCGUUAAAACCCUGGGCGAUUGAUAGAGUAUAGUUUCUCCUUCAGAUGGCCAGUUCUAUGGGAGAAAACAGUGUUCUCCCGCUAGGUGCACAGUGGAGUGCCGCCGACCCAAAAAACAGUCCAGAAUAUGUGAUUUUCCCCUCAGACGAUGAUUUCCGUAUUACUCAGAACUUAUCUACACCUAUGGCCAAGGACAGCCAAGAUACCCUCGACUCUUUCCCCUGCGACAUAGCCUUUCGCGUACCCACCCAUUCCACCCUUUCGAAACCAGCUAUCGUUAUCGAAAAUGCAGACCCUAUCCAGAUACAUAUCCCAGAUUCCGAAGAGUCGUUGAUGAACAGCAUACAGAGCACCGCGACAGACUCGUCCACCGCAGAUGAUUCCCAUGUCGAAAGCCCAUAUACCGGGUCCUCGCCUAUCGCAAUCAAGAACCGCAGCGUCCGGUUUCGGUCCAGAGUUCGCAUCACCUCUGGACUCCCCCGUCGGCGCGCAGCAGACAGGAUAACCCCAGAUUCGUCUCUGUCCAGCUCUCCUUCGUCAUCCAUUUCUGCCCCGUUGCGUUGUCGGGAGCACGAUGUGAACACGGACAGCUCGCCUUGGAGCCCCCUAGGGCAACGCGUCAAGCAAAUGAGCCAGGGACCUAGAGCUAGACAACGACAGGUCGCUGCCAAUGGCUUUGAUCCCGACGAGCGGUCACCUCUUAUGAUCCCUUCGAGACGGUUCUACUCCAUAGAAGAGGAUGAGCACUACAAUUACUUUGCAUAUCUGGAUGACGAGACCCGUCUCAAUCGCGAGAUAGACCUUGCCUUUGGGACAUGGCCUGGGCGACUGCUAAAUCGACAUUGGUGGUGGUGGCAUUUAGAACCUUUGGAGGAAGAGGAACAGUGGUGAUUCUUUUCUUUAUGUUAUGUUUAAUGGGCCUAGUGAUUUUUCUCAAGUAUGUGUGUGUAUCCAUUAGUAGACAGAUUUUCGUUGUACCCCUCGUUCUUGGUAACUUAUCUUUUGGGCAAUUCGUAUA